UGUCCCCUCAGAGACUCAGAGUGGCAGAGAGGAGGAACAUGUCCGCCGUGCAGCUGCUGCGGGUGUCGGUACAUGAGCGGAUCAGCGCUGCCGCUGAAGACUUCUUGCUGCAGGUGGAGGACGGAGGAGGAAAGGCUCGAGUCCCGGAGCUGAGAGCGAUGCUCACUGAGCGGCUAAUGGCGGCGGUGGAGCAGAUCCUCGCGGGGCUUGAGGAAACCUUGUUUGAGUACGAUGACCGAGUGGAGCGGUCCGAGCGGGAGAUCUGCCGCCAGAGGAGGCUGCUCGAGGCCGUGAUGCAGCCCAAAGUCUGGCUGCACAGAGCAGUGUGUCCUGCAGACAUCAAGCAACUGAUGGUGAUUAUAGAAGAGGUUCCCCCUGAGGAGCAGAAAGAUAACAGAGCGGACUGUGGAGGACCAGACCCAGCCAGGAACUCAGGUCCUGAUGGACGUUUACAACCAGGUUGUGAGGACGAGACUGAAGACUCUUCUGAGACUGAAGACAGUGAGGAUGAUUGGAUGGAGACCAGGGAACCUCAGACUGGUUUGAAUACAAUGUGUCCUGCAGACUUCCAGCAACUGAUGGUGAAUAAAGAAGAGGUUCCCCCUGAGGAGCAGCUGUGGAGCCGCCUUGUGGUCCUGGAGGACCCUGAGCCCCACCACAUUAAAGAGGAACAGAAGGAACCGUGGACCAAUCAGGAUGGACAGCAGCUUCAAGGACUGGAGGAGGCUGAUAUCAAGUUCACAUUGACUCCUGUCGCUGUGAAGAGUGAAGAAGAUGAAGAGAAACUUAAAUCGUCAAAGCUUCAUCAGAGUGAGACAAAGAAGAACAGAGUGGACUGUGGAGGACCAGAACCAGCUAGGAACUCAGGUCCUGAUGGACGUUUACAACCAGGUCCUGAGGACAAGACUGAAGACUCUUCUGAGACUGAAGAGAGUGAGGAUCCUUGGAUGGAGACCAGGGAACCUCAGACUGGUUUGAAUACGAGAAAUAACAAACAGCCUCUAAGUGAUAUUGGAUGUAAGACAGAAAAAAAAUCAUUAAGUUGCUCUGAGUGUGGUAGAAGAUUUAACCAAAGGGGCCAUCUAAAUAUCCAUAUGAGGAUUCAUACAGGAGAGAAACCGUUUAGUUGCUCCGAGUGUGGUAAACGAUUUAACCAAGUGGGUGUUCUAAAUAUACAUAAGAGGAUUCAUACAGGAGAGAAACCGUUUAGUUGCUCUGAGUGUGGUAAAAGAUUUAGCCGUAGGGACAGUCUAAAUAUACAUAUGAGGAGUCAUACAGGAGAGAAACCGUUUAGGUGCUCUGAGUGUGAUAAAGGAUUUAGUCAUAGGGGCAAUCUAAAUACACAUAAGAGGAUUCAUACGGGAGAGGAACCGUUUUGUUGAUCUGAGUGUGGUAAAAGAUUAAAGAUUCAGUCCUAUUGUACAAGACAUUUGAGGAUUCAUAAAGGAGAGGCGACACAGUUGCAACUUUUGCAAAAAAAAAUACUUAUUAGGAUUUAUCAACAGAUAUUCAUAUUAUACAUAAUCAUAGUUCACUGUUUUAAAUAGACUUAAAAGUGGUUAUGUCCCUAUAAAAUAUAAGUCAUUGAAAAACACGAAAGAUCUGUGUUGAUAUAUCUUGUUUUUACUGAUUUCUACAUAAUUUCUCUAUUUUUCAUAAUGUCCUUCAUGUUGUUUUAUGGUUAAAGUGUAUUCAUUGCACAGUAUGAAUGUGUGUUUUAAACUAGUUCAUAUGAUUAAAUAAGUUUGUUUAACACAAUGGUUUCUUGGUUCGUGACAUUCAAUGACAUUGUAUGUUCUCCUUCAUGUAUUGAAUGUGUUUCCAAGAAUAAAAGUCUAAUAAAGGAUGAUGGCGUCGUUGCCCUCCU